AGCUUGACAAGCACAUCUCUUGCACUUCCACCCACACACACACACAACAACACACAAUCACACAACUUCACAUUCAACAUGCCUCGCCAAGGAGACGGUUCUUCCGACAACGGCCCCUUUGAGGCCGCCGAGCACAACAUUGCCCACGGCGUCGGCAAGCCUGACUCUGACCGAGUCGACCGCGCAGACAAGACGGCUCCCCUCCCCGAGGGCAAGGACGAGCACGGCAUGGGUCUCAAGGAUGCCAACGCCAGCGGCGGACAGAGCCAGGGCAUCAAGCAGGGCAAGGAUGUCGGGCAGGGCAACUAG